UAGGUAUCAGCGUGGGAGCAGAUCUUUGGCACUCAACUUACAAAUGGCCGGUCAAGCUACUAGCAACAUUUCAUCUAUACAGAAAAUGGAAUCAAGAACAGAAGAUGAUAAUGAUGACGAUGAUGAAUAUGAUAUCCCUGGAGAGAUAGAGAAUAUAGUAGAGCAACUGCUAUUUGGGUUGAAGGACAAAGAUACUAUUGUCAGGUGGUCUGCAGCAAAAGGGAUUGGAAGAGUAACUGGAAGACUUCCAAAAGAGCUUGCAGAUGACGUUGUUGGAUCUGUACUUGAAUGUUUCGGUUUUCAGGAAACAGACACAGCCUGGCAUGGUGGAUGUCUUGCCCUUGCUGAACUGGGCAGAAGAGGAUUGUUGCUUCCUUCUCGGCUACCAGAUGGAAAGAGCUCUAUUUCUACUACUCUGAAGUAUUUACCAACUUCUGUUCUGAAUAGAGUGUAA